AUGGAGGAUUUAAUCGAAAGAGAAGAUCUGAUAUGUGGAUUUUCUGUAGAUCAUAAACCGAUGGGGUGGUGUGUCGUUGGUGUCCUGGCAGUGCUGCAGCUCUCCUGCUCGGCUCUGCAGCCUGACCCCCUCCUCUACAUCUCCCAUGUGCGGGACAGCCAAGAAAAACCCAACAAGCUAUGGCUUAACCCUGUGCUGGAAAAUGUGGUUCCUUCCCGUGAAGUCAUCAACCCUCCCACAAUGAGAGAGACUCCAGAAGCCGAGACGUCAGACUCCUUCCCAAUGUUUGGUGAAAACGCAAAUCUGAAGUGGGUGACAUGGGAUGGUGUCCUCAUAAAUGGUGCUGUAGCCAUCUUCAACGGUUACACAGAGCGCACUGACUAUGUGUGCAAAGUUAACUGUGAGGCCGGUUUCUACACACCCAGCAAAGGGAACCUCUGCCAUUACCCUUAUGCAGAUAAAGAGUAUGCAUCCUCCAAGUUCGAACUACUGGUCAAUGUGGACAAUUUUGAGUUCCUGAUGUGGGUUGAAGACUCAUAUGGCUCCGUCCCUCAGUAUGCCAUCAAAACUUGCUCCUCCUCAGACAUCUAUGUGGGCAAGAACAAGUAUGGACUUGGUAAAGUAGUAACCCAACACAAAGCUUUCUUCCUCCCCUGGGAGGGUGAUGAGUACUGGUAUAAGAAAUACCAGGUCCUUGCUAUAAACAGAGACAGCUACAGCCAGCACAUCUCACACGUGGACUACGCCAUUGACCAGAUGGAGCUGUUCUACCAUCCUCCAGAGGCCCUGAAGCUCACUAGGGUUACCAACCUAGAGUGCCGAGAUGUGGAGAAGACAGUGACUUUGGAGAAGACUGAGACGACGGAGAAGACCUGGGGCAUUGGGAGGGAGACCCGGAACGGCUCUGUGUCCACAAUGACAGCCAAAAUUCCCAUCCUCAGUGCUGGGGACGUAGACUUCACCAAGGAGCAGACGGUGACAUUCUCAGAGGGGACCACCAUGGUGGAGUCCAUCAGUCACUCAGUGUCCGUGCAGCUACUGGUCCCACCCAACCACUCCUGCGCCGUGAGGAUGGAUGGACGGAAGAUGACGGCAAAUAUCCCAUUCACAGGCAGGCUGAGCAGGACCAACCACAACGGAGACACCCACUGGACAUACAUCACCGGCACCUAUGAUGGUGUAAGCGUUGGUGAGAUCAACGCUGUGGUGGAGAGGUGUCAGCCAGUAACCGAGCCGGCGCCCUGCUCCCCGACACCGUGA